AUGUCCUCGCCACCCAACCCAGUGCACAACAUGGUCUCUUCACGAUAUCGAACCUGCUCGCAGGAUGCCAUGAGUGCACCCUCCUCCGAAGGGACUACAGCUCCUACAAGGCAUCAUCAGAUUGUGGUCUGGCUUCAUCAUUGUGAGGUGUCAGCUUCUGCAGCCAAACCUCCCCCUCCUCCUCCAGCAGCCGAUCCUCUGGCUUCUCCGGUGGCUCGGUCACCACUGGAACCUCUUUUCCUGGGGAUGGAUGAUGACAUCGUCGUCCCCAGUCCCCUUCCCUCCCCCUUCUUGGCCAGCGCUGCCCAAUCUCUCAUGGGGAAUGAUUAUUCUCUGGCUUCUCCGGAGAUUGACCUGUAUGAAGUGGACACAAGGUGUCCUGCUGUGGAGAUGAUGACCCCGGAGCAUCAGGCAGUGUGGGAGGCUGAGCUGGCUCGCUCUGCCACUCCUCCUCCUAUGGCCGACAAGGUCAUCGAUGCAGUCCUGGAUGCCCAUCAUCCAAGUACACCUGUCUACCAGCUGGAGGUCCAGCCUUUGACCCCUCCUCCUUGCUGGGUAGAGCAUCAGACUCCUCCCCUUCCCCCUCCCAAUCAACACCUUCCGACAAAUGGAGAGAUCGCCAGAUGGUCUGAGAGGUUCUUUGUGGCCGAGCUCAUGGCUUGGUUUGCUGACCAGUACUUUCCUUUGGACUGGGAUGUGCCCGCUGGCUCCUUGCCCAAGUGUUGUCUACACCAGUUGGUCAUGCUGUGCCUCACCAAGGGUUGCAUGCCCUGGCCCAGUUGGCAGUGCCAUUGGUGCUUCAACCUGGGUACUCCAUAA